AUGUUGGAUCACAACCCUCCGGACCGACAAUGGUGGAAGGAAGCCGUUGUCUAUCAGAUCUACCCAGCAAGCUUCCUCGACUCGAAUGCUGAUGGGCUUGGUGACCUGCCUGGCAUUAUCUCAAAGCUUGAUUAUAUCUGCUCAGUCGGAGCAACUGCCAUAUGGCUAUCCCCCAUCUUCAAGAGUCCUCAACAUGAUAUGGGUUACGAUGUUUCAGACUACCGCGACAUCCAUAGCCCUUAUGGAUCACUUCGAGAUGUUGAAGUUCUCAUCAAGGGAUGCCAUGAGCGAGGUAUCAAGUUACUACUCGAUCUCGUGGUCAAUCACACCAGCCAUGAGCACCAAUGGUUUCGAGAAUCACGUUCAUCAAGAACAUCCCCUAAGAGAGAUUGGUAUUUCUGGCGUGAUCCCAAGUUUGACUCAGAUGGAAAUCGCAAACCACCAAACAACUGGUCAUCCAUCUUUGGCGGCAGUGCUUGGACGUUUGACGAGCCCACGGGCCAAUACUACUUGUCGCUCUUUCUACCUGAACAGCCUGACCUUAACUGGGCCAACGACGAUAUGCGUCAAGCAACAUAUGCCGACAUGAAGUUCUGGCUUGAUAAGGGCGCUGAUGGUUUUCGAAUCGACUCGAUGAACCUCAUGUCCAAGCACCCUGACCUCCCGGACGCACCCAUCACUCGGCCUGGUUCAGAAUUCCAACCCGGAGACAAGUACUUUGCCAGUGGACCCCGCAUGCACGAGUACAUCAGAGAAAUACGGGAGGAGGUCAUCGACAAGUAUGACUGCAUGACUGUUGGAGAGCUUGGCUUCACGAAAGACGAGGCGAGCGUGGCGAGUUAUGUGGCAAAGGACCGUCAUGAGCUGAACAUGCUGUUCACAGGAGACAUCGUCGACAUGGAUUUUGGUGCCAACCACAAAUACGAAAGAGAUGACUUUCGUUUAUCGAAGCUCAAGACAAUCACUAGUCGUUGGCAAGGAGCUAUGCCCAAGUUCGAUGGUUGGAACACCGUCUACAUGGACAACCACGAUUCAGGCCGUUCUCUGUCACGAUAUGGAUCAGAUCUUCCCCAGUACCGUAAGGAGGCAGCCAAGAUGUUGGCCAUCUAUCUUGGUACUUUGAGUGGAACAUUAUUCCUUCUACAAGGCCAAGAAAUUGGUAUGGCCAACGCUCCAGAGUCUUGGAAGAUCGAGGACUAUGUUGAUGUUGAAGGACUAAAUUAUUACAAGAGCCAGUUGGAGAAAAGAGGCCCAGGCGCUGACAUGUCUGAUGUCAUGAGGGAGAUGAGACUCAAGGCACGUGAUAAUGGAAGACUACCCAUGCAGUGGACUGCCGACAAGAACGCUGGCUUCUCUGAGGGCGACAAGCCAUGGAUGCGGGUCAAUGACGACUUCAAGGAGUGGAAUGUUGCUAACCAGGAGAAUGACGACGACAGCGUGCUGGCUUUUUGGAGGCAGGUCUUAGAGCUUCGACAAAAGGAGAAAGACGUCUUUGUCUACGGAUGGUUUACCAACCUGCCUGAGUACGAGAACAGCGAAGAUAUCUUUGCAUAUACCAUGACUGGGUUUGAUCGAAAAGUAGCUCUUGUUCUCCUUAACUUCUCGAACAAGGAACAGAAAGUUGUGUUGAAGAAUGGGUCAUGGGGCAAGAGGCUACUUGGGAAGAACUCGGACGAGUUUAGUAAGGAAGGCGUGGUUCUUAAGGCUUAUGAAGGCACGGUAUAUGCAGGAUGGUAA